UCGCUGGCACACACAACACGAUAACCAUUCAUUUUUUUCUCUCUUUCCCUCUCUUUUUCUUAACCCUUCUUAUUCGCCUCUCUCUCUCUCUCUUUCUCUCUCUCUCUCUCUCUCCACCAAUGGAUAUCCAUCGCCGGCCGCCGCCUCCCACCGUACACGACGGCGGUGCUGCGCCCAUACGUCAUCCCCACCGUCUGAAGAGGCACUCCUCCGUCCCGUCCCCUACCCCGAAGGCCUCGGAUGCUCUCCCUGUCCCUCUCUACCUUACCAACGCCAUCUUCUUCACCCUCUUCUUCUCCGUCGCAUACUAUCUCCUUCACCGGUGGCGCGACAAGAUUCGAAGCUCCACCCCUCUCCACGUCGUCACCCUCUCCGAGAUCGCCGCCAUUGUCUCCCUCAUCGCUUCCUUCAUCUACCUCCUCGGCUUCUUCGGCAUAGACUUCGUCCAAUCCUUCAUCGCGCGCGCCUCCCACGACGUAUGGGACCUUGACGAAGCCGACGUCGUCGCCGUCGCCGAUCAGCGCCUCGAUUUUCCCGUUGAUCAGCCAGUUCCUAGAUUGGCCCCACCGGAACCCUCGAUUUCCUCCGAGGAAGACGAGGAGAUCGUGAAGUCAGUGGUGGAAGGCGCCACGCCCUCGUACGCGCUAGAGUCGAGGCUCGGAGACUGCAGCCGAGCGGCGGCGAUCCGUCGCGAGGCCCUGCAGAGGACGACGGGGAGGUCGCUGGAGGGUUUGCCGUUAGAAGGGUUCGAUUACGAGUCGAUUUUGGGGCAGUGCUGCGAAAUGCCGGUGGGUUAUGUUCAGAUUCCGGUGGGUGUGGCGGGGCCGUUGUUGCUGGACGGGUUUGAGUACACGGUGCCGAUGGCGACGACGGAGGGGUGCUUGGUGGCGAGCACGAAUCGAGGGUGCAAGGCGAUCUAUGCGUCUGGUGGUGCAAGCAGCGUGGUUUUGAGGGAUGCCAUGUCAAGAGCACCUGUUGUUAGGUUUUCCACUGCCAAAAGGGCUGCACAGUUGAAAUUCUUCUUGGAGGAUCCUCUCAAUUUUGAUACCUUGGCUGUUAUUUUUAACAGGUCAAGUAGAUUUGCCAGGCUUCAAGGGAUUAAGUGUGCUAUGGCAGGGAAGAACGUUUAUUUGAGAUUCACAUGCAGCACCGGUGAUGCCAUGGGGAUGAACAUGGUUUCCAAAGGGGUGCAAAAUGUUAUUGAUUUCCUUCAAAAUGAUUUCCCUGACAUGGAUGUUAUUGGCAUCUCUGGAAAUUAUUGUUCGGACAAGAAACCUGCUGCAGUUAAUUGGAUUGAGGGACGUGGUAAAUCAGUUGUUUGUGAAGCAAUUAUCAAAGAAGAAGUGGUGGAGAAGGUAUUGAAAACCAAUGUGGCUGCCCUGGUGGAGCUUAACAUGCUAAAAAAUCUUGCUGGUUCAGCUAUUGCUGGUGCUCUUGGUGGAUACAAUGCCCAUGCUAGUAACAUUGUUUCUGCCAUUUUUAUAGCCACUGGUCAAGAUCCAGCUCAAAAUGUUGAAAGUUCCCAUUGCAUAACCAUGAUGGAAGCUGUCAAUGAUGGGAGAGACCUUCAUAUCUCAGUCACUAUGCCUUCCAUUGAGGUGGGUACAGUUGGGGGUGGGACUCAACUGGCAUCUCAGUCGGCUUGCUUGAAUUUGCUUGGUGUGAAGGGUGCGAGCAAGGAGUCACCAGGAUCAAACUCAAGACUCUUGGCCACCAUUGUUGCUGGAUCUGUUUUAGCUGGAGAGCUGUCUCUGAUGUCUGCCAUUGCAGCAGGGCAGCUAGUCAAAAGCCACAUGAAAUACAACAGAUCAAGCAAAGACGUAUCGAAAAUAUCAUCUUGAGGACAAGGACAUGUUUGCAGUCAUUAUAUGUGAGUCUAAAAUAAAAACACCGGGGUCCUUAAACGCAGAAACCUGAAUUUGAGGUGGAAAAUGGAAGACUUUAGAUUAGGUUGUUGGCAUCGACGUUUGGCUUUGUAUUGCUGGCUGUAAAUGUUUUAUUAUUUGGACGGAGGAAAGUAGAGUUGUGCCUGUAUGGUGUCCCCUAUAGAUCCUUCCUUCCCUGUACACGUUUGUUAUCUUACCCUGCCGAGCCAUUGGAUAGGUGUUAACAUUCUCCUUCUCCUUAACCAAAACAUUUAAUGUGUCGUAUUAUAAUUCUUUUCCUGGUAUAAUAUGCUUAGUCUCGGAUGCAUCGGUUCUAUGUAGUUGGGGACCAGAUAGCCGGGUAGUUUGAUGUAUUUUCUCUCGUGGCAUUGUCUGCUAGUAUCCAUGAAUUGAAUUUGACCAUGUGUUUCCUUUGAUUUCCCAUUUAUAUAUUAGUCUAUGUGGAUAUUACAUAGAU